CAAAAAAGGCAAUUGAUGAGACUGAAUGAGUGAAAAAUGUUAACAUGAACUGCUAAUGAACUGGAAAGCAAAACUUUUCUGCAUUUUUUUCCUUCUUCUUCUCAUCAAUCUAAUAGAAUAUAAAGUUGUAAAAGUUUUUAAAGGUUGAGCUUUUGUUUUGCUUUUCGCUUAAAUUUGGUAAAACAAUUUAUUCUCACAGCUUUACUCAUGGAAUCCAUUUCAGGCAAAAAGUAAAUGAGACAAAAAAUUGAAUCCAAGUUUACAUUUUAAAUUUUCAAAUCAUUUCGAUUUUCAAUGUAAAUAGAACAUGUUUUCUCGCAUAAUUGGACCGUUUACUCAAUGUUUGAUUCGUUUGGGCCAAAAGAUUGAAAUAUCAAGAGAAUCGAUCGAAAAAGUGAUUAUCCAUGAAAUUUUUCAAAUUUAUGUUCAAGAACAAUUCUAUUCAAUUGGGUCAAACAUUGCGCCGAAAAAUAUCGCUUCAUAGCAACGAAGAUCAGCUGAUGGACUGAUAAAAAUGAUCUUAACGGUAAAGUAAUUUCGCUCAUUUAGUUAUUGUUUUUAUUAAAUUUUAUUUUUUUAACAUUCUUUCAAUUUAUGAAAUAAACUAAACCAUGUUUCCCUUAGUUGGAUCAGCGUUAUAUUUCAUGUUUAAUGUCCCAGGCACAGUUUUUGCGUCAAACUCCAUUUAUAGUAGCAGAAAGUUUUUUGAAAAGUACAAGAAAUAUUGUAAAGUGAAAAUGCCGAGCCAUUGUGAUGAUUCGAUUUCACUCGAAAAGGUGAUUCAAAAGGAAACACUCGAAACUGAAUACACUUUAGAACCAGAACUGUUAGUUAGCCAUGAGGAUAAAGGUAAAAAUAGAGGUAAAAAGUCAAAAAAGGCGAUAGCAGCGGAAAGGAUUGCAAGAACUGCUGUGGUUUAUGAGUGCGUCUAUUGUGGUCGCUUGAUGGACAGCUUAUAUUAUUUAAAAUUCCAUGUUAUCGGUCAAAGGCGGUCAAUAUAUAAAGGAUACUAUGUUCUAAGAAUAGAUUGUCCGAAAAGAUUGCAAAUGGAUGGACUAUCGUACAACAAGAAACUAAUACCCAUUUCAUGUCCACCUCCUAAAAUUAAAGUUUGGGCAAAUAUUAUUUGUCAAGAUCCAAGAGUUGUCGACGCAGAAGGUUAUUUUCCUGUUCCAAUUGAGAUUGCAUCUGAAUGGGAACAAUUUUAUUCACAAUACAUGAUUUGAAAAUCGAAUCAAAUUUUUCAUGUUUAUUUUUGUGAUCAUUUACUUUAUGCAAUA